UACAUCCCAGCACUCUCCCACCCAUUUCCCAAACCCCUCUCUCUCUCCUUCCCUCCCUCUCUCUCUCUAAAAUCUCCACAUCUCAAUCGAGACACCCACUCCCCCAUCCUAAACCCCCUCCUCCUUCUCUCUCCACAACAAAUCGCUACAGACGCACUCUCCCACUCUCGAUCUCCACCUGAACUGAAACCUAGGGUUUCCAAGUAUCCGCGCGACGAAAUUACUCGAUCUGUGCAUGGAUUCGAAGGAUUCGUCGCCGUUCUCGUCUUCUUCUUCUUCGAUCGAGGACGACGGCGCCCUGUCCGCCCUCGCCGCGGGGCUCGCGAGGGACGCCAGCAUCGCGUUUCACUCGGGGAGGUUCUCGGAGUGCGUCGAUUUGUUGAAUCAGCUGUUGCAGAAGAAAGAUAACGAUCCCAAGGUUCAUCAUAAUAUUGCUAUUUCAAGAUACUUUCAGGAUGGUUGCGCAGAUCCCAAGAAAUUAUUUGAAGUACUUGGUACUUUGAAGAAACAAAGUGAUGAGCUUGCACAUGCAUCUGGAGAACAUACAGAGGCUGGUAGCAAUGUGGGCAACAAAGCUGUUUUAUUAUCUAAAGGAACUAAUAAUGUCGCACAUCAACUUUCUAGUGCAAAUAGUUCAGAUGUUGUCUACGCCAACGAAUUCGACACUUCUGUGACAAUGUUAAAUAUAGCAGUCAUCUGGUUCCAUCUUCAUGAAUAUGCGAAGGCGUAUUCGAUUUUGAAUUCUUUAUACCAAAAGAUUGAACCAAUAGAUGAGGCAACAGCUCUUCAUAUAUGCCUUUUGUUCCUGGACGUUGCGUUAGCUUCCCAUGAUCCGUGGAAAUUUGUUGAUGUAAUUACUUAUGUGGAAAAAGCCUAUUGUGGCAAUAAUUUGACGAGUCAAAGUGACAACGGAAGCUCCACGCAACAACAAUCUACAAACUUAGCAAUGAAAUCUUCUUCGCUUCCAAGUAAUUCAGCUGCCACAGAUGUCUCUAAUACCGAUUCGGUUUCCACAGUGAAUGCCUCAGAUAAUUCGCUAUCCAGAACUCUAUCGGAGGAGAAUCUUGAAACGCUAAUUUCAACUAUUGACAUGAGCGGACAGAACUUACCACGACCAUCCGGACUCCAAUCCUCAAAUGAUAUUUCGAGGACCCCAUCUGAUCAUUCCAUUUCAACCAGCGAUUUGAGACUCAAGUUACAUCUUUACAAAGUUAGGUUUCUGCUUCUCACCAGAAACCUCAAGGCAGCUAAGCGUGAAGUUAAGACGGCAAUGGCUAUGAAUGUAUCCCGUGGGAAAGAUUCCUCCAUGGCUCUCCUAUUGAAAUCUCAACUGGAGUACGCUCGUGGGAACUACCCUAAAGCCAUCAAACUCUUGAUGGCUUCAAGCAAUCGAACUGAUCUUGGGUUUUCAACCAUAUACAACAAUAAUCUAGGGUGCAUCUAUUACCGACUUGGAAAGUACCACACGGCAAGUGUAUUUUUUUCAAAGGCCCUGAGUAAUUCUUCGUCUCUCCGUAAGGAAAAGCCUUUAAAGCUGUCAACUUUCUCACAGGACAAUUCUCUCCGAAUUAUAUAUAACUGUGGGGUCCAGUACUUGGCUUGCAGGAAGCCGAUACUCGCAGCUCGCUGUUUCCACAAGGCUAGUUUGGUUUUUUGCAGAAGGCCUCUUUUAUGGCUCCGGAUUGCUGAAUGCUGUCUAAUGGCACUAGAGAAGGGACUUUUGCAGUCCUGUGGGGCCCAAUCAGAGGUUAGGGUUCAUGUUAUUGGUACAGGAAAAUGGAGACAGCUAGCUCUGGAAGAUGGGAUUUCAGGCAAAGGGCAUGUGGAUUUUGUUGGAAAAAAUGAUGGGUUUCUGGGUGAUGAUAAAAACCCUAAUCUCUCAAUGCCCUUUGCGCGACAGUGUCUGUUAAAUGCCCUGCAUUUGUUAAACUGUUUGGAAACAGAACGUUUGAAGUCUGGUUUGCUUCAUAGUUCAACCUUGGACGAAAUUGGUGACAUGGUCUUAGGUCAAACUAUUGCGAAUGGGGAUGCUAAGGAACAAAAGGGUGGAAAUAGCAACAACCCUAAUGCUGCCUUUCAAAGCUCCUUGUCAGAUUACGAAGAGGUUUGUAGGAGAGAGACUCAGCUGAUCAAGCAAGCCAUUCUCGCUGACCUGGCUUAUGUAGAGUUACAAUUAGGCAAUCCUCUUAAGGCACUCUCGACGGCAAGGUCUCUCUUAGAACUUCAUGGAUGUUCCAGAGUAUAUGUAUUCCUUGGACACAUAUAUGCGGCUGAGUCUCUCUGCCUUCUAAACCGACCAAAGGAAGCUGCCGAACACUUGUUAGUCUAUUUGUCCAGUGGGAGCCACGUCGACCCCCCGUAUAGUGAAGAGGACACUGAAAAAUUUCGAGAGGAGAAAGUUGCAGAUUUUGAAGAGUCAAAUAGUGGGCCAUUGACAACCUCAAACCCGCCCCAAACUGAAUUGCAAGAUUUUCUGUUCCUCAAACCUGAAGAGGCACGUGGGACACUGAACGCAAACCUUGGUGCUUUUUUUGCGGUGCAGGGUGAUCUUGAGCAGGCUCACCGGUUUUUGAUUCAAGCUUUGUCCUUGAUACCAAAUAGUCCGGAAGCAUUUCUUACAGCGAUUUACGUGGAUCUGAUGGUUGGUAAGACACAAGAAGCUCUGUCCAAGUUGAAAGAUUGUAGUCGAAUUAGAUUCGUCUCCGGCAGCUUAGCACUAUAAGGCUUUUGUUGAUUGUUGUGUCAGUGGCUUUUAGUUGGCCACGUCGCCAUUUUAGGAGGUAGGUUAUAAAUUCCUUUCUAUCUGGAUUUGUAACAUAAGUAUAGUUCCAACCUAGGGAAUAAGAUUUUCAAUUUUUUUUUUCUUUUUUUACAUUUUUAUCAUUCAGAAGAAAUUUCUCAUUUGUAAGGUUUCGGUGAUUGGUGGGAUGUGGGUGGAAUGUUGUGGUUGUCACAAGAUGCCCACCUAUAAGAUGUGAGAUGUAGUUUUGAUUCAGAAUAUUCUUGUUUCAGUAGCUAAUUCUGUUUGGCAAUGAGGAUUGUAGAGGCUACCCCCUGUUUUUCUCGGGAAAAUGAAGUCCCAAGGAAAUUCACUCCUUGAUGUCAAUGAAAAGGUCAUUUCAUUCCAA